AAAAUGGUCUACCCAUGUGAUUCACUUCCCAAUAAGAUCUGAAGAAAUUAUAAAUAAAUUCAACGAGUUUAAAAAAAAAGUUCUUGAAGAUAAUGCGGAUAAUACAAUGGGUUUGAACGAAGAUUUUUUUGAAAUGGAAACAAAAUUGCAAAUAAGAAUUACGGGCCUAUGGUUGGAGGACCAUAUAACGAAAGAGCAAGCAGUACUUGCUUUAUAUGCUUGCGAUGAAGAGAUUAUCAGGCCUUUCAUUGAAAAAAGUGGUCCUUUCACGACUAAAAUUAGUGGAAUCGAGUGCGAACAACCUAAUAUUACAAGGGCCAAACAGCUGUAUGCUAAAAUAGUGGACGAAAAAGGUCACCUUUUGGCAUUGUCACAGAAAAUUGUAGUCUACUUUGUCGAACGGGGUCUGAUAAAAAGAGACACAUGGAAUAAAAUUAUCAAACUCAGAAUGGAGUUGAUAAAUACUAAUUUUUUAAUGCGAAAAGUGAAAGAUCAGGAUGAUCCUAAAAUGGAGAAUAUCGUCUAUCAUGAAACUAAAUUUGAUGCAACAAAAAUCUUACAAGAGUUCAAGGAUGCAUAUUUUGGGAAAAUUACAUUAUCUUCCAUUAAUCUCUCAAUUCGAGGAGAUACGGACACCCAGAAUGGAUACAAAUCUGCUGUGGAAAUAAACUUAUAA